AUGGUUCUCACCAGCAGCCCUCUCUACACUCUUGCUGCUGCUUCUGGGUCUGCUACAUCGACCGGUGCUGCUGCUGCCUCUUCAGCCACCACCACUUCUUCAUCCGCUGUUCCCUCUGAUACAUCAACAGCUCCAAGCAGUGAGUCUACCAAUCUCCCAAUCAUUACUCUCGCUCCCUUCCCCGUUACUAACACCUCAUCUUCAACUCCAGGACCUACCUACAAUCCCAGCAAUGGCAAUCCUUCUUUCCCCUUCUACAACCCUCCCGCAGCUCAAAUGCCCAGUUUCGUCACGGUCACCGACUACAUCACCAUGUCUGGUGUUGCCAACAAAGCUCAAGGUACCGCUGUCCCUGCUACUCAAACAACCACUGAAUUUGUGACGAGCUAUGUUACUGCUACUGCUAGUACUGUGGUCGUCACUGGUCUUCCUGAGGGUUCGUUGCCUUCAAUUGUGGCUGUGCCUGAUCAGGCUGGUAAUGCUGGGUUGAUUGGUAGACGUUUUGUUGCUUGA